UGCCCCAUCUGUAAAAUGGGGAUAAUAAUGGUAUCUCCCUCAAAUGGUCGUUUUUUAAGGUUAAUGAGAACCCCCUGAACAUAUUCAGCACAGUACCUGGCACAUUGUAAGUGUUGAGUAAAUUAAUAGUCUCCUAAAAUAACAGUAUAAUUUUAUUGUCAUUGAUUGCCUACUAGUUCUGUUGGUAUAGGAACUCCCUUAUUAAUGGCUCUUUUAGAGAAUGUUUUGAACUCCAAAGGCCUGUCUACUAUGAUUAAUUAUGUUAAAAUUUUUAUUUUAACUUCAUAAAGCCUUCCAGCAGGUUAAGCAGGUUUAGAGAUGAAAUUCAAGUGUUUCCUAUAAAUUCUUAUUUUAAAUAAAAGGAAAAGCCUAAAUGACUUGGUUAAAUAAUGUCAAAUCUUUAAGAAAUGUAUUGAAGAGGUGCUUCUGACCUAAAUUAAUAUAUGACUACUAGUGACUGGUUACCUUAGUGAUAGCACGGUACCAGGGAAGUUCAGGUCACAAGAUCAAGUCCACAGUGGUUUGUUAGAUAGACCAUGGUUCUCUGGUCACAGAACUCAACCUUAUGUCCAACUAGUUUGAUGUUCUUUGUUAUAAGAGAGUAAAGUGACAAUAUGUAGAUAGACCAGUGCAAAUAUAAUCACACUACUAUAAUUUUUUAUGUUAUUUUCCUGUGUGUAUGUUGAAUUAUUAGUUCCACGUUUAUUAUUUUUAUUAUUAUUUUCAUUAGUUUGGUUAUGGCCAGAAAAAUUUGUAUAAUUUUAACUAUUCCUUUAUUUGAAUAUUCUCGUUUUUUGCAAGUUUUUAGGAAAAAUUUUUAAAAAGGAAAAAAAUUCUCCCCAUGUAUUUUUAUGCUACAAAGAUUCUGUAUCUAAAACUGCUAACAAAUUUGUUUCCUUUUUUUUUUUUUUUUCAUGGCCCCACCUGCAGCAUGUGGAAGUUCCUGGGCCAAGGGAUUGAAUCCUAACUGCAGCUGCUACCUUCGUUUCAGCUGCAGCAACACAGAAUCCUUUAACCCACUGCACCAGGCCAAUGAUCAAACCUGCUCCUUCGCAUGGACCUAAACCCCUGCAGUUGGAUUCUUGACCCACUGUGCCACAGCAGAAACUCCACAGAUUUCUGUUUUGAGAGAAAAAGGGGAGUUCUCUUGUUGCACAGCAGGUUAAGGAUCUGGUUUUGUCACUGCAGUGGCUUGGGUUUGGUCUGGUAACUUUCAUAUGACAGGGGCGCGGCCAAAAAAAAGAGAGAGAAGGAGGAAGGGGGAGAGGGGAGGUUAAAUUAAGGGAAUUUGUCACUGGUACUGCCUCUACUAUUAUGGAGCUGCUUUUCAUGGCCUCAUUAUUUCUUUCUCUCUUCUCCAGAGGUGAGGGCUGAUAGUUAAUGGAGUAUAGUUCCCUUAGCCCACCUUCAAUUAUAUAUAGGGUUUUUUUUAACUAUGAGCCUGCAGUAGCAGGAGACUCUUGUGCUGACUCCAACCUACAGAUAUAUCUUGCUUGCUCUGAAUGUAUUUGGAGCAUUUAGUGAUUAGUUGCUACCACUUACAAAUAGGAAAACUUCAUGUUUAGGAAGUCUUGAUUUCCAGCAUCACUUGAAAAAUCACAGGACUUGGCUCUACCUGGUUGUUCUUCCUGCUUGAGGAUAGAUUUCUAGACCUAGGUAGUGGUUGCUCUGUUUGGGUGAGUUCUGAGCUCUAUAGUUAGCUGUAAUCUCCACCAGGCCUGCGUUGCCUUUGAUGUUAUUUACCUGGCAUCUCGCCUAACUUGAUCUUACCUUGGACCUAAAAGGCAGGCUUUUUCAAGCCUGAAACUUAAAACAGAAAGAAGGAAUGUAAGUAAUAUCUAUCUUUUUCUUAAACAUCAUCUUACUGUUUCUGAAAAAUAACAUUCAUUAUUAAUUAAGACAAAUAAUUGUUAAAUGUUAAUGUUAGGACGUAGCAUUCAUUAACUUUGUCACUGAUUGCAUUAUAACUCUGGAUCAGUCAUUAUUUCUGAAUAAAAAUGAUGGUGAGCAUUUAAAAGAUGAGUUAUGGACAAGUAGUUUCUGACUAACACCGGUUAUUUGUACUUUAUUUGUGUGAGUAGUAGAGCAGUGCAGUAGGUUAAUUUAAGGGAUACAAUAAUGAGUAAGAUAACCUUUUUCUUACUGAGUCUCUCUUCUGGCAGAGUUUUAGAUCUAGUAGGAAGUUAAGUAAACCAGUUACUAUCAUUCAGGCUAGGUUAAGAUAAAUAUCAUGAGUGAAGUAUAUGCAGUCAUGGGGGGCAUAAAAGAGUAAGAUAUUUAUUUAAUUAGAGUCAGUAAAGUCUUAGAAGAAAAGUAGCAGGUAUGUUUUCAGUGCUGCUUAAUGUAUUCUGAACAAGAGGUAAUUGGUUCCUAUGCCCUUUGCCUAAUGAUUCUGUCAGGAAAAGUGUUACAGAUUAAUGAGUGUAAACUUUUGACCUUUAGUGAAGAGUCUGUCCUACUGAAUUCUUAAUUAUUUACCUGUGUCCUAGGAUAGGUUGAGGUGGUGCCUGUAGUUACUGAGAAUACAGAGCACAUCCAAAGGCUUGAAUUGGUUUGGAUCACUGAUUAGCCCUCUAGGGAAAUCAGGCAAACAUUGACAGAUUUAUAAAAUAAAUAAAUAAAUAAAAGGACAGCAGUAAAUGGGGAACAAGGGGGAAAUUAAGUGGUCUUUUGGUUUCUUUGCUCCCUUUUUAUGGGCCAUUAGGGAAAUGAGAGAAUGCCUUUAACAAAAGCUCAAAUACUCCAAAUAAUAUCUUUUGAGGGAUGGCGAUAGAACUUAAGAUGAUUUUUAAUAGUAACAGUUAUUACUGAUGAUAUUUCUUGGUUGCUUAGUACCUGAUAGGAACUGUUCUAAUUGGCUUAUGUGUGCUAUUGUAGUUGCAUACUGCUUUGCUCCAAAACUUAGUUCUUAAAAACAUUUAUCUGCUCUUGAUUCUAAAAUUUGGGCAGGACUUGAAGGAGGACUGCCUUCGUGUGUCAUCUGUUGGCUGUAGUGUCCAAGGUGGCUUUUUAACUUAUAAGUCUGGUACUUUAGCUAGGAUGGGUGGGAACAGCUGUUGGAGAACUGAGCAUGUAUAUGUGUGUAUGUAUGUCCAUCUGUGUCUCUGUGCCUUCCCCUUCUUCACCUCCCCCUGCCUCCCCAAGCCUCUCCAUUUCAUUAGUUUGAACUUCUUCACAGCAUGGCAGAUGGGUUCCAUGAGGGAGCUUUCUAAGAGGACAAGCCUCACCAUACCAGCACUUACGAAGCCUCUGUGUUCUUCAUGUUCCAGUGGCCAUUGCUAAUCACAUGACUCAGUCCAGAUUUAAUGUGAGAGUGGACUAUACAGGGGCACCAAUAUGGGGAGGUGGUAUCAUGGAAAACUUGAUAGAACCAUAGCAGAAGAACGCCUCAGGCAGGCAGGGAAGUCCGGCAGUUACCUUAUAAGAGAGAGUGAUCGGAGGCCAGGUUCCUUUGUACUUUCAUUUCUUAGCCAGACAAAUGUUGUCAACCAUUUUAGGAUUAUUGCUAUGUGUGGAGAUUACUACAUUGGUGGAAGACGUUUUUCUUCUCUGUCAGACCUAAUAGGUUAUUACAGUCAUGUUUCCUGUUUGCUUAAAGGAGAAAAAUUGCUUUAUCCAGUUGCACCGCCAGAGCCAGUAGAAGAUAGAAGGCGUGUUCGAGCCAUUCUCCCUUACACGAAAGUACCAGACACAGAUGAAAUAAGUUUCUUAAAAGGAGAUAUGUUUAUUGUUCAUAACGAAUUAGAAGAUGGAUGGAUGUGGGUUACAAAUCUAAGAACAGAUGAACAAGGUCUUAUUGUUGAAGACCUAGUAGAAGAAGUGGGCCGGGAAGAAGAUCCACAUGAAGGCAAAAUAUGGUUCCAUGGGAAAAUUUCCAAACAAGAAGCUUAUAAUUUACUGAUGACAGUUGGUCAAGUCUGCAGUUUUCUUGUGAGGCCAUCAGAUAAUACUCCUGGUGACUAUUCACUUUAUUUUCGGACCAAUGAAAAUAUUCAGCGAUUUAAAAUAUGUCCAACACCAAACAAUCAGUUUAUGAUGGGAGGUCGAUACUAUAACAGCAUUGGAGACAUCAUAGAUCACUAUCGAAAAGAACAAAUUGUCGAAGGGUAUUAUCUUAAGGAACCUGUACCAAUGCAGGAUCAAGAACAAGUACUCAAUGAAACAGUGGAUGGCAAGGAAAUUUAUAAUACAAUUCGUCGUAAAACAAAGGAUGCUUUUUAUAAAAAUAUUGUUAAAAAAGGUUAUCUUCUAAAAAAGGGCAAAGGAAAAAGGUGGAAAAAUUUAUAUUUUAUCUUAGAGGGCAGUGAUGCCCAACUUAUUUAUUUUGAAAGUGAAAAACGAGCUACGAAACCAAAAGGAUUAAUAGAUCUCAGUGUGUGUUCUGUCUAUGUUGUUCACGAUAGUCUCUUCGGCAGACCAAACUGUUUUCAGAUAGUGGUUCAGCACUUUAGUGAAGAACAUUACAUCUUCUACUUUGCAGGCGAAACUCCAGAACAAGCAGAGGAUUGGAUGAAAGGUCUACAGGCAUUUUGCAAUUUACGAAAAAGUAGUCCAGGAACAUCUAAUAAACGUCUGCGUCAGGUCAGCAGUCUUGUUUUACAUAUUGAAGAAGCCCAUAAACUCCCAGUAAAACAUUUUACUAAUCCAUAUUGUAACAUCUACCUGAAUAGUGUCCAGGUAGCAAAAACUCAUGCAAGGGAAGGGCAAAACCCUGUAUGGUCAGAAGAGUUUGUCUUUGAUGAUCUUCCUCCUGACAUCAACAGAUUUGAAAUAACUCUUAGUAAUAAAACAAAGAAAAGCAAAGAUCCUGAUAUCUUAUUUAUGCGCUGCCAAUUGAGCCGGUUACAGAAAGGGCAUGCCACAGAUGAAUGGUUUUUGCUCAGCUCCCAUAUACCAUUAAAAGGUAUUGAACCAGGAUCUCUGCGUGUCCGAGCACGAUAUUCUAUGGAAAAAAUCAUGCCAGAAGAAGAAUACAGCGAAUUUAAAGAGCUUAUACUGCAAAAGGAGCUUCAUGUAGUCAAUGCUUUAUCACAUGUAUGUGGACAGGAUCGAACACUACUGGCUAGCAUCCUACUGAGGAUUUUUCUUCAUGAAAAGCUUGAAUCCUUGUUGUUAUGUACACUAAAUGACAGAGAAAUAAGCAUGGAAGAUGAAGCCACUACUCUAUUUCGAGCCACAACACUUGCAAGCACCUUGAUGGAGCAGUAUAUGAAAGCCACUGCUACACAGUUUGUUCAUCAUGCUUUGAAAGACUCUAUCUUAAAGAUAAUGGAAAGCAAGCAAUCUUGUGAGUUAAGUCCAUCAAAGUUAGAAAAAAAUGAAGAUGUGAACACUAAUUUAGCACACCUAUUGAACAUACUUUCAGAGCUUGUGGAGAAAAUAUUCAUGGCUUCAGAAAUACUUCCACCGACACUGAGAUAUAUUUAUGGGUGUUUACAGAAAUCUGUCCAGCACAAGUGGCCUACAAAUACCACCAUGAGAACAAGAGUUGUUAGUGGUUUUGUUUUUCUUCGACUUAUCUGUCCUGCCAUCCUGAAUCCACGGAUGUUUAAUAUCAUCUCAGAUUCCCCAUCUCCUAUUGCUGCAAGAACGCUGAUAUUAGUGGCUAAGUCUGUGCAGAACUUAGCAAAUCUUGUGGAAUUUGGAGCUAAGGAGCCUUACAUGGAAGGUGUCAAUCCAUUCAUCAAAAGUAACAAGCAUCGUAUGAUCAUGUUUUUAGAUGAGCUUGGGAAUGUACCUGAACUUCCGGACACUACAGAGCAUUCUAGAACUGACCUGUCCCGUGAUUUGGCAGCACUGCAUGAGAUUUGUGUGGCCCAUUCAGAUGAACUGCGAACACUCAGUAAUGAGCGAGGUGCACAGCAGCAUGUACUGAAAAAGCUCCUGGCUAUAACAGAACUGCUUCAACAGAAACAAAACCAGUAUACAAAAACUAAUGAUGUCAGGUAGCAGCCUUUACCUCAGUGUUCUGCAUGGAUCCAGCAUGCCCAACAUGGUAAUUCACAUCAGUAUAAUGUUUCCUUUGCUCUUGCCAAAAAAUAGCACACCUUUCCACAUUCCAGUGAUGUGUGAGCUAUGCAAACAAAACCCCAGAUUCUGCUGGUGAGUAACCACACCAGCAGCUUUGUAAGCUAUCUUGUGCAGGAUUAUUUGCACUUUUUCCAUAUAAGGAACCAAUCUUUACCAACCUCUGAGCCUUGGUGUACAGAUCACCUUUCACACAAUGCUAUGACUGUAUCUUGAACUCUGAAAAUAUAUUUUCAAUACAUCGAGUUGCCAAAGUUUUGCUGUCUCUUGAAAAAAGAACUAUGAAAUCAACUAAGAAUAAGCAUUCUCUAUUGACAACUGAGUAUAACUGGAUUGCAGACUGUUCUUACUGUUACUUCUUCCUGAAUUAGGAAUAUGACCGUUUGACUGUUCAAUGACUUCAUUUGUAUUUACAGUUUCCAGAGUCUCCCAUUAUAAUAGGAACAAUCUUUGCUGUAUACUUUUUUAAAAUAACUGUGCUACUUCUCUUUGCUGGAAGUGUUGAAAGAAAAUAUAUAGAAUGGAGAUCUACUGCUCAUCAGCUUUAUUUUUUACACAUACCACUUAUUUUGUUGGAAUUGUCAAAGAUUGUAUUUAGCGUUCAUAAUGCUUUUUUGUUAAAUGUUUACAACAGUAAAUAGUUUGAAUUCAAUAAAUAUUAUUUGUCAUUGUAUACUGAUCAAUGCAUGUUACCCAGUCAACCAUUUUAUACAUUACCAAUUUCUUUUGAGUUAAAAAAAACCCCUAGAAUGCUUUUGUUGAAAGUAUUCAUUUAUUAAUUCUAAGUUGCUUUUUAAAUUAUGCAAACAACCUCACCAACCACUUAAAACAGCUAUCCAUCUUUGACCUUUCUGACUACUUGUUAUCUGUUGGAUAUUUAGUUUGUAUAGUUUUAUUUGCUUCUGUAUGUGUAUUUUUUUGUGAAGUAUUCACAAGGGUUAAGUUAAAAUAAAACCAAGGGAUAUCUUGAAUAACUGAUUACUUUUUACUUUUGUUUAAAUACAGCUAAACAUUUAUUUUCUUCCUCCUUUAGGGGCAGUUCAAAUUUAGUACCAGAGCAAGGCCCAGGGAGAAGAUGAAACUUCAGAUUUUUUGUUUUUUUAAUGGCUAAUGGUCUCUUUGAAGGAUUCCAUUAAUUCAUCCAUUGCAUAUUUGUUAAGUAACAAUUCUUUCCCUCCCAUAAUUGUGCAGGGGGAGAGAAGGCAUACAAGGCCGGGAAAAGCAUUUUAUUCUAUCCCUCUACUAUUUAAAAAGGAAAAAAGAAAAAACAAAAUGUUCAAUCUAAAAGUGUGCUGUAUAAAUUUCAAGCUAUUAAA